AUGAAUAAAUUUUUAAAAGCAUCAACAAGUAUUACACGUUUAAUAAAUAGACAACAAUCAACUAUUGAAACAUGCCAAUAUGCAAAAAGAUUUCAAGAGAUUGAAGCAAGUGAAUUAAAGAAAGGUAUGUGGAUUGAACAUAAGUCCAAAUUAUUCCAAAUUGAGAAAGUUGUACAUCAAAAGGUUGCAAUGAGAGGUGGUUUCAUCAUUACCGAUAUGAAGAAUGUUAUUGAUGGUUCAAAAAGUAAUAUUAAAUUUAGAAGUGCAGAGAAUAUAGAAUUAGUUGAUCUCUCAAGAAGUACUUAUAAUUUCGUUGAAACUAUCAAAGAUGGUAAAGCUUUUGUUUUUAGAAGAAUUGAUAGUGAAGGUGAUGAAGAAGAUGAUGAAGAUUUUGUUUGUACAAAUAUUUCACAAUUAGAUGGUUAUUCACCAUAUUUAUCUUUAUUCGGUGAAGAUACUGAAUUCCAUUUUAGAACAUAUAAUGGUAAUGUAAUUGAUUUUAAAGGACCAACACAAAUUGAUCUUACUAUUAGAUCUGUAUCAGAUCUCCAAAACAAUAAUGUUCUUCAUUUUGAAAAUGGUCGUUCUUGUAAAGGUCCAAUUUAUUUAAAACCUGGUGAUAAAGUUCAAAUUCGUUUACCAGAGGAAGUUUUCAUAACAAAAGUUUAA